AGGCCAUCAUGGCGCAGUCCUAGGCAGCCUCGCCUGGAUUGAGGCAAAGAGGGGGCCUUUUGCAUUGCAUCCAAUUGCAUUGCAUCUUUCUUUUGCAUUGCAAUCUCCCAUCUCUGCCCCUUUUGCACAGUUUUGCAAACAUUGCAGUUCUGCAAAAUUGGGCGAGAUUUUGCCAUUUAAAGAGGAGAGAAGCAGCCGGAGGGAACGUCUGUCGGGGGAAGCCCCCCUGGGGUCACCAUGGUGAAGAUCUUUGUUGGGGGCCUGUCGCCUGUGGUCAUGGCGGAGGAACUGCGCAAGCUCUUCGAGCAAUACGGCCAGGUGAACGAGUGCGACAUCCUGAAGAACUUCGCCUUCGUCCACAUGGAGAAAGAGGACGAGGCCCACCAGGCCAUCAGCGCCCUCCACAAGAGCGAGUUCUACGGCGCCCACCUGACGGUGGAGUACGCCACCUCCAAGAUCCGCAACGCCACCAAGAUCUACGUGGGCAACGUCUCCGCCAAGGCCACCACCUCCCAGAUCCGGCAGCUUUUCGAGCGCUUCGGCAAAGUGGUGGAGUGCGACAUCGUGAAGAACUACGCCUUUGUCCACAUGGCCAAGGAGCGGGAGGCUAUGGAUGCCAUCUUGAACCUGAACGACACGCCCUUGGAGGACCAGAAAAUCUUUGUCACGCUCUCCAAGAGCAACAGCUCCCUCCGGGCCGCGAAGGGGGCAGCUGUGGCCACCCCAGCUCCCACGGCAGCCAGCUACUACUUCUCCCGCGGACGGAUCGCCACGCCAUCCCCGGCCUACACGCCCUACUGCCCUCGGGCUUGGUAUGACAGAGAAUACUGUGACCGGUACUCCUACGAGCUCUACGACCGCGCCCGGGCGGCCUACGACCGGGCAUUGCCGCCUCCGCCUCCCCCGGCCGCUUAUAGGGAGAGAAGCCCCGUGGGCAGACGGACUGCCACCCCUACAGCCGUUGUCGCCCAGUAUGCUGACCCCUAUGCGGCGGCUGCUGCGGCUGCAGCCGCUGCAGCUGCUACCGCCGCAGCCAACCAAACCUAUAGCCAAGCCUACAGUCAGCCGGGUUAUGCAGCUGCAGCUGCUGCGGCAGCCACAUACUCCCAGUACAGCAUAGGCACUGCCUACAAUGUGGCAGAGUAUUACGAGAGGUACGCAAGCGCCUACGCUGCCCAAUAUGCGCAGACGUUCUGAGUUGGCUGCAAACCUCUUCAGCAAUUUCUUUGCAGGAUCCGUCCAGGCGGUGCCGCAAUGGUGUCUCUGAGGCCGAUCACACUCUUAACUUCCACUGACUUUUCACUCCAGCUCCUUUCCAAGGUUGGUGAUGAUGCCUUUUUUUGGGUUCGGCCACCCUUUCCCCCUUUCUCUCAUCCCCUCGCCUUUCUCCUCCUUCCCUCUUGCCUUGGUUGUCGUCGUCGUUUCCCCAUCUUUCCCAUUCGGUCGUUGCCGUCAAACACAAACCUGCUUCGAAGAGCCUUCGCCUCGCCUCGCCAUGCCACCCCUUCCUUGCAAACCCGUGGGACGGUCCGAAGACGGUUGCGCUCUCGUAGAAACGCGUCCGUUUUGUCCUCUUCCCCCCGAACUCUUUCCUUGCGCCAAGCCACACUACGCUCCGCCAGCCAAUUCUUUGCUUGCUCCGUGUCGUCGUGUGCCAAUCCCUCGCAGUGGGAGCCGUAACCGGAAAGCUUCCUUUGCUUUGCUGUAUAUUCCCUUGGUAAUAUUUCCUUUUUCUUUUUUAAAAUUUCGCCUUUGUAUAACUGGUUCAGAGUUUGGUCUCGUGGCGGCAACUUGUUCGCCGUUUUGUUUUAUUUUUAUAAAUGUUGACAAUUAAAUGGCUUUCACAGAGAAACUCUCGCGUGCGUCUCGUCCUCAAAACCAGCGUCGCUUGAACUCUCGGAUGCCCUCCCUUCCUUGCCCUGAACCGACUUCGCCUCCACCUUCUCUGCCCCUCUUUCUGCAUGCGGAAAACUGACCACAUCCGUUUGCUUCAAGAUACCCGUCUCCUGACAUUUUAGAGCGUGUUCCCGCCUCCGUUGGCUUUCUUUCUUCCCUCCGCUCUGUGAAAAACGCACUGUCUCCUCGCCUCUCGCUCG